ACAAAACCUAAAGGGAGGAAGAAGAAGCUGGAGAGAGGGAUGAAUUAGGGGGGAGAGAGGGGUAUUUUGGGGAUAAAAGGGGGAGAAAUUUCAAUUAAAAAGGAGGGAUUUUUAGAUCCUUAAUCCUCUCCUUAGCUCCUCCUCUUUAGUGUUGUGCACAAUAAUUUGAGGUACAAACUACAAAGAGAUUGGUGACUCUAAAUUCUUAUAUCUAUUCAUUUGGCAUCAAGGAUAUGCUAGAAGGCCAGGCUUGCUUGAUAUCCAGGGCCUUACCUAGCGCCUGCGAGCAAGAAUCCCAUUGGAUCUACAUGACCUGCAGUCUUCUCGAGAGAUGCGCUAAACCAAAGCGCGCUCUAUCUAUAGAAACCGACCUACAAGAAGAAUUUGUCAAGGAUUCAGAAAAGAGGAGGAAGAAGUCACUCGCAAAUCUCUCAAACUCCGUUGAUCUCAACGGGUCAAAUCACCAGGGAAAUGAAGGUGAAUCCUACAAUGAUACCAAUUCCCUCAUCAAUCCAAUUGGUCGGGACAACUCGAUCAAUUGCCUUGUUCGAUGCUCCAGAUCAGACUAUGGUUCGAUUGCCUCUCUCAACAGUGGUUUCCGUGACUUGAUCCGUUCUGGUGAGCUCUAUAGGCUUCGUCGAAUGAUGGGGAUCACUGAGCAUUGGGUCUAUUUCUCUUGCAAUGUUCUUGAGUGGGAGGCUUAUGAUCCAUACCCUAAUGGUGGUCGUUGGAUUAACUUGCCAAGAAUGCCACACAACGAGUGCUUCAUGUUCUCGGACAAGGAGUCUCUUGCUGUGGGCACCGAGCUACUUGUUUUUGGGAAGGGGGUGAACUCCCAUAUUGUGAUGAGAUACACUAUUCUCAAUAAUUCUUGGUCUCCUGGUGUAGUAAUGAACUUGCCUAGGUGCUUGUUUGGUUCUGCUAGCCUUGGUGAGAAGGCUAUAAUAGCAGGUGGAAGUGAUUCUCAGGGUGCUGUUUUGGAUUCAGCCGAAUUAUACAAUUCUCUGACCCAAACUUGGACCACACUUCCUAGAAUGAACAAGGCGAGAAAAAUGUGUUCGGGCGUGUUUAUGGAUGGGAAGUUCUAUGUGAUUGGUGGAAUGGUGAGACCGAAUGAGUUGUUGACGUGUGGGGAGGAGUUUGAUUUGGAGAGAGGAACUUGGAGGGUGAUCCCUAACAUGUCGUUGGGGCUUAAUGGUGCUAGUGGUGCUCCGCCACUAGUUGCAGUUGUUAAUAAUGAACUCUAUGCUGCAGAUUAUGGGCAGAAGGAGGUGAGGAAGUAUGUCAAGGAAAAUAAUUCAUGGGUUACUCUCGGAAAUUUGCCAGAGAGACCAGUGUCAAUGAAUGGCUGGGGACUGGCAUUUAGGGCUUGCGGUGAUCGACUCGUUGUGAUUGGAGGGCCGAGGGCUUCGGGUGGGGGGAUGAUAGAGCUUCACUCAUGGGUCCCAAGGGACGGACCGCCAGAGUGGAAUAUGAUUGCUAGUAAGCACUCAGGAAGCUUUGUCUAUAACUGUGCAGUGAUGGGCUGCUGAUUUGUUGCAGACAGAUUUGCUAAUUCUGCCUAAUUGGGUAAUCUCUAUUAUCAAUUGGACUUUACUCAAGAUUCAAUAGAAGGACAACACGGUUCAAGUUGUGUAACCCUUGGGUUCAUUGUGUUUUUAUUUUUGGUUUUCAUGACCCCCAACAUUCAAUUUGAGAUUGAAGAAUUUAAUCAUGUGCCACAAUUAAUGUUAGCAAGGGGGGUUUUCGGAGGAUUUGGUUCAUGUCGUACACCAACAGGUUAAUAAUUUUAUGUAGCCAACUUUUCUUAGAUCACAUCGAAAAAUUUCACAA